AUGUCUCACGACGAACACCCCCAGCCAAGCCGGGUCACUUCGACUACAGACGAUGCUGCGAGCUCGUACCGAAGCGCCGCCAUCACAUCGCCUUCCAUGCACGACACCGGGGCGCUGACCCCGCUGCAGAGAUGGGCCGUCAAAGCCUCAGACUCCCAGUUCAAUGCCAUCGCCGGAGCUCUCGGUGGCUUCACCUCCGGCAUAGUCACAUGUCCGCUCGACGUCAUCAAGACCAAGCUGCAGGCUCAAGGGGCCUACACAGUAGUCGACAAUGGUCGCAUGGUGGGCCACCCGAAGCUCUACAAUGGACUGGUUGGCACGGCCAGAGUAAUCUGGCGCCAGGAAGGCAUACGAGGAAUGUAUCGGGGAUUGGGCCCCAUCGUCCUCGGUUACCUGCCGACCUGGGCAGUGUGGUUUACAGUCUAUAAUAAGAGCAAGGUGUGGCUGGGAAACUACAACGGAAACACUCACAUCGUUAAUUUCUGGUCCUCCAUAAUCGCUGGUGCGAGCAGCACCAUUGUCACGAAUCCAAUCUGGGUCAUCAAGACGCGGCUCAUGUCGCAGAGCCACUCCCCGGCGCUAGACCACCAUGAUCUACACACCAUGUACCCCAAGCCUGGAAAUACGCCGACGGCGCGCCCGACGCUACACGCUCCGUGGCAUUACCGGUCGACUCUUGACGCAGCGAGGAAGAUGUACACGUCCGAGGGCCUGGCGUCGUUUUACUCGGGUCUCACCCCGGCUCUCCUCGGCCUCACUCAUGUCGCUGUUCAGUUCCCGACGUAUGAGUACCUCAAGACGACUUUCACCGGCCAGGGCAUGGGCGAGGCGCCGGCGCACGGAGAAAAGGCGCACUGGCUGGGCAUUCUGUCGGCGUCCAUCCUGUCCAAGAUCCUGGCCAGCGGCGCGACGUAUCCUCACGAGGUGAUCCGCACCCGACUCCAGACGCAGAGGCGGCCGGUAGCCGGCGAGCAAUACCUCCAGGGGCUGGGCAUUUCGACCACGACACCCAACGGGUCAGCGAGCAAGGACACGCGAAAGUAUCGAGGCAUCGUCAUGACAUUCCAGACGAUACUUCGAGAAGAGGGCUGGCGGGCUUUCUACGCAGGGCUGGGGACCAACAUGAUGCGAGCCGUGCCGGCGGCGACGGUGACGAUGCUGACUUACGAAUACGUCAUGCGACAGCUCAACCAGACCAGGCUAGAGGGGCUGGAGAAGCGAGAGAGGCUGGCAGAUCAGCCAUAA